CCAUUGGCAGUGACGUUUGAACCAAUUUUAUUUUUCUUCCAAAAAGUUCCUUCAGCUUACUUUUGAGGGGUUUGAUCAGCCGCGAGAAACGAGCGGUCACCUCGGAUUUCUCCCAAUCACCACGAAAGCAGUCCUCACUUGUGACCGGACAAGAUCUAUCGUCUCUUAUCGUUAUGGUUGAGAUACAUCGACUUGGUACCGCAGCACUGGCGGUCCAGUGCCUGGCCCAUUGCGUGACAGGCCAAGUUCUGCACCAUCAGAAGCCGACUUCCGGGGGACAGACCUUUCGGGAGACGUCCAUCUUCCGCCCGCCACCCAACGUGCUCGGGUCAGAUCAUCAGCCGGAACCCGAGUUCCAGCUUUACGAUAACUUCGGCAAGUCUGCGCCCAUGCCUGGCAUAGCAACGUUUGCCCAUUUGAAUUGGACCAACUGUUUCACCGCCGAAAGCGAUGGCGUGUUCGACAUCGGGAUAGUGGGCAUGCCGUUCGAUCUGGGCGUAAGCUACCGGCCUGGUCAGCGGUUCGGUCCGGCCGCCGCGAGAACUGUUUCGCAGCGCAUGGGACCCUCCAUCUCAUACAGCAUGGCCCAUGAUAUGUUGAACCCCUUUCGGAGCUGGGCUACCGUCGUUGACUGUGGCGAUAUUGCCAAUUCUUUGUUUGAUAAGUUCGAAGCGGUCCAAGAGCUGGGUCAGGGUCUCGGCAGAAUGGCAUCCAGGGUCCCCAAGACCACGGAAAAGGGCGACAACGUGCGCCUCAUUACUAUCGGCGGCGACCACACCAUUACCCUCCCGUCCCUCAGAGCGCUCCAUUCCGUGUGGGGAGAGGUGGCGGUCAUUCAUUUUGAUGCCCACCUCGACACGUGGAACCCGCGACAGUGGGGAGGCGGUGUGAACAAGUACGACAAGAUCACACACGGGACACUGUUGCACUUCGCCCACGAGGAGGGCUUGUUGAAGAACGACAGCAGCAUCCACGUCGGUGUUCGUGCUCUGCUUUUCGAUGAAACCGAAGACCUCCGUCAUGACGCCGAGUGCGGGUUCCAAACCGUCAUGGCGGCUGACAUUGACUCCGUCGGGGUUGCAGCCAUUGUCGAGCGCAUCGUGGAAAGGGUCGGCGAUAGCCCUGCAUAUGUGACGAUCGAUAUCGAUGUACUCGACGCCGCUUUUGCCCCUGCUACGGGGUGCACUGAAAUUGGAGGAUGGACCACACGAGAGCUGGCGGCCGUCCUCAGAGGUCUCAGUGCCGCGGGGGUCCGCAUCAUCGGUGCAGAUAUAGCAGAGCUGUCGCCCGUCUACGAUAACGUUGCGCAGACGACGGCCACCACGGUAGCGCAACUUGUUUUUGAGAUAUUGGUGUGGAUGGUGAGAGUCCCGGUGAAGACAAAGUCUACAUGGACGAACCUCGAGCUUUGAUUGUAAGAAUGUUGAGACCACUGAGGAUGCGAACGACAGUUACCCCAAGAGAGUGUUACAUCACACAUUGGAAAAGAAUGGCCCGGGUGAGCGCACCGAAGCAGUUAUAGCAGUUUCGUGGCACGUCUACUGUCCCAGCGAUAUAUAACGCGUCUUGUUCGUCGUGUGAAUAGGUCUCACAUGGCCUCACAACCCCGAGAGAGUACUUUAACCUGGGCAUUCAACCGAGAUACAUAGAUAUGUUUUCCAGCAUGAUCUGUGUUCCAGUACCCCAGAAUGACCAAAAUUGAUAUAAUCGCCAAAUGAAUGUGUUGAGGAGAAAUCCUUCUGCGAAAAGACACGAAACAGGGAAGCAACCGACACCAAAAAGCAAGCCACGUUCACAGAAAAGAAGAAAACACCAGCCAUAGACCCUACAGCCGCCGAACC